AUGUUGAUUCCGAAGGCCGACCGCAAGAAGAUCCACGAGUCCCUCUUCCGUGAGGGUGUCCUCGUGGCUCCGAAAAACUACGAGAUCCCUCACCCGGAGAUCGACACCAAGAACCUGUUCGUGAUCAAGGCUUGCCAGUCCCUCACCUCGAAGGGCUUCGUCAAGACCCAGUUCUCGUGGCAGUGGUACUACUACACCCUGACUCCUGAGGGUCUCGACUACCUCCGGGAGUGGCUCCAUCUGCCGGCCGAGAUCGUCCCCUCCACCCACAUCAAGCAGCAGAGAUCGCAUGCCCCCCCUCGUGGCAUGAUGGGCGGCGAGGAGCGCGAGCGGCGGCCGUUUGGCGGCCGUGGCCGUGGUGGUGAGCGGGGAGACCGCGAGGGUGGUUACCGGAGACGGGAUGCUGGCGAGGGCAAGGAGGGCGGUGCCCCUGGCGAGUUUGCUCCUCAGUUCCGUGGCGGUUUCGGCCGUGGCCGCGGUGCUGCCCCCCCGUCUUAA